CCUGGCGCUUGUGCAAUCUGUGAUCGACUCUUCAGGUCUGUUGGUUUUCAAGAUGGCGCCGCUCGCAUCUUCCACAUGUGAAUUGUUCAGUGAGGCAGUUCGGGCUGUUUUGGAAACGUGGCCGGUGCUACAAAUCGCGGUGGAUAAUGGUUUCGGGGGCGCGCACAGUCAGCAGAAAGCGGAGUGGAUGGUGCACGCGCUGCAGCAGUACUUCAUCGAUAACGAUGAGCUGCAGCAGGACGAGGUGGAGGAGUUCAUCUCUGACCUGAUGAACAACGAGUUCGACACGCUCGUGGACGACGGCAGCUUGCCGCAGGUGGCGCAGAAGGUGUGUGAGAUGUUCCGGCAGUGUCAGCAGGACAGACUGACGGAGGUCAGAGAGCAGAUCAAGCAGCUGAUUCAGAAGAAGAGCGCUGGGAGAGCAAAGGCCACACCUGCUAAAACACCUGCUGCUGCUGCUGAUGAUGAUGAUGAUGAGAGUGAAGAAGAUGAGGCUAUGGAGUGUGAUGGAGGUGCAGAUGGAGCUCCAAUCAACGGUGCAGCAGCGAAGGAGCAACAUCCUCCUCAUCGGGCCGCGAGUCAUGAGGAAGAGGAUGAUGGCUGGACAGUUGUGCGCAGGAAGAAGUGACUGCACUUUAUGUAUUAGGACUGAUACAUUUCUUUAUUUAAGACAUUUUUAGGGCUUCUCUGUUUCUCCAGCCCUGAAUACUUCUGUAUUCACAACUAUGAUAAACUCCUGAAACCCACAGAAUGGUGCAUCUGACUAAUGUUCAAACAGAUGGAUUUCCUCACUGGACCUCUUCCAUGGGUUUCCUUUAGAAAUGCUUCGUUUGGAGCACAGUCCAAACGAAGGAAAUCAAUCUAAUCACAGACUAAGGAAAUCAAUUUGUGUAUGCUUUGUAACUGGUCUGGUCUGGACAUUUUCAUGCCAAGCCAGGACUUGGUUAAUGCCUGCACUGCUCCUUUAUCGCCCUCUAGUGUCACUAUAGUGUCACAGCAACAGUAAAAUGCAGUGCUGGAUUUUACAAUGGAGAGUAUUUGAGUUUUCAAACAUAGUGUACAGGUUUUUGCUGAGCUUCAUUGCUUCAUAGUUUUUCUCACUAUUAUUGACGAUGUUAAAACAUGCUCCAAUGUUACAUUAAGGGGAACCACAUGAAGAUUAUUUUACAAAAAAAAAAUACUCCCAUUAUGACAUCUGUGUUUGUAAGUGAUCCUUUAUUCUUCGGAGCUCAAGUCUUUAUUGAAUUCAGUCAAGUAUUCAUACAGUCUUGUGUAUGUUCACAAACAAGCAUUCCUCACAUAUUUGCAGACAAAUAUAAAAAGGUGAGGGUGUUUUUUUUUUUUUUGCAGAUGGCAUGUCAAGGCACUAUUUUAACAUAAAUAUGUGACCCUUCAACACAAAUGAUCGUACAAUGAAAACUCAGACUAUUCUCUCCAUCAUGUUCAGAGAUCAAAGCUUCUUUAAAUAAAUAUAUAAAAAAACAA